UUUCUCUAUCCAGUCAACUGUCAAACGCUUAUUUUGAGGCGCUCUCACACUGGAAUAAGUUGGGGAUCUCUUUAUCUCAGUUUAACUUUAUUUAACGAGUUGUGUAGUGACAAGUGAACAUAACAGAUUAUUAUUCCUGGUAUAAGUGUUGAAAUAUCGGAAAGCUGAAUUUCUAUUGCUUUUGCUUCUGAUCACUAUUACAAUAACGAGAGGUUCAGGAACGUUCCAUUAAAAGCUGCGAUAACUACAAAUAAAAAACUGCGGUUAGCAUAUUACCAGACACGGACUUCAACGCGCCACCAAAGUUGCCAAGGAAAGUUAAGUAACAAUGGCCACGAGUUCUUCCCAAACACUUGCUCUUCAGAGGAAUUCCUCUGAGCAGAACCGCUUCAUGGAGAAAUUAAUGACGAAAAUAUUUAAUUUCUACGACGAGCAGUCUCUAAUCGAUGUGACAUUUAAAGUUUCAAAUCCCACGGCUUUUGUACCCGCGCAUCGUUUGGUACUUGCAGCAGCGAGUCCUUACUUCGAGAACCUUUUCAAUGGCAAUCAAGGCACUAAUCCUAUCAUCGAGAUAAAUGAUAUCGAUAGCGAUAUUUUUGAGCAUCUAGUAAUCUUUUGUUACACCGGACAGGCCCACAUUACCGUUGACAAUGUCGCUGCCAUGCUAAAUGCGGCAAUCGUUUUGCAAUUGGACGAUGCCAUAACCAGUAUUGUAGACUAUCUCAUGGCACAUAUCGAUGAAUACACUUUGCAGGGCGCUUAUACGCUGGAGCGUGAAAUGAAAUGUGAACUUCUUAGGCAGAAAAUCUUCGAAUACGAGACACAGAACUUCAUGGAGAUCAGCCGAAGCGAUGAGUUUUUGAAUUUUGAUGUAGAAAAAGUGCAACGUAUUCUGGUAUCUGACAAUUUGAAUAUAACCCGUGAGGAAAAUGCCUACGAUGCCAUACAACGCUGGUACAAUUACGAUGUUCCUGCACGUCAAGAGCAACUGCCACUUUUAAUAGCUUGUCUCCGGCUUACCCAAUUCAAAGUGGACUUUCUGAUGACACACAUACAGCCGUUACCUGGAUGUGAGCUACUGGCCUUCAAGGCGUUAUCGUGGAUCAGAGAGCCUACAACACGGCCAAUGAUAAAUAUGCGAUUUACGAAACCACGUGGGAUCAGUGCUACAAAUUGUGAUGAGAAAACAAUCCUAGCGCUUUGCUCUACGCUGAAUCCCAAGCUGCUGCAAUAUAACAAAACUGAGGAUAAGUGGCAGGAAUAUGCGAUAAUAAAAAUGGAUUAUGAACUGUAUAGAACUAUUUUAAAGGAUGAUAAUUUAUUUUUUAUUGGCGGUUGUAAAAAGAUGGCCAGACUUAACGUUGUCCGUAGCUGGAAUAUACGAAAUAAGACAUGGCAAAAUUUGCCCGGCAUGAUCGAAGCAAGAAGGAGACACUGCGUUGUCGAAUUAAAUGAUAAAAUCUACGCGAUUGGUGGUUAUGGAGAUAAUGUUCUGUCGUCGGUGGAAAGAUACUCGACUUCUGAUGGUUGGAAGUUCGUGAACAGCUUAAUUGUUGAACGAUAUGACGCAGGUGCAGUGACAUUAAAUGGUAAAAUUUACAUAAUGGGCGGUUGUAAUGGCAAAAGUCAAUCAUUAAAAUCCGUCGAAUGCUACAAUCCGGAUUCAAAUACUUGGAAUUAUUGCGCAGAUAUGACAGAACAUCACAAUUUUGCUUGUGUAACUGUACAUAAAGGUCACAUUUAUGUUUUAAGCCGUAGAGGUUCUGAACGAUACGAUCCUCAGCAAAACACGUGGUCACAGAUUUGCUUUUUGAACGUUUGUCCUGGUAGGAUGACUUGCGUAUCACUAGACAAUAAACUUUGGGCCAUUGGUGACAGGUCUAAAUCUGCUGGCAAGCCAUGUUUAUCAGUCUUUGAUGAAGAAAAUUCCUGUUGGGUAGAAAGGUGCUCAUUACCCGAAAGUAAUGUGUUUAACGGUUUUGUUGUGCCUGAAUCCUUGCUGUCGUCGAUGUGAAUAAAUAAUUUAAUUAUUUUUCCGUUUUUCGAUUUAACAAAUUCUUUUAAAAUAAAUUAUCUUAUAAAUAUAAUAUAAACUUUCA